UACUACAACCUCACAGUAAGAAUCUUAGACGUGACCUGUUUCAUUUUUCUUUCAGUUUUCAUGUUCUUUCCAGUGUCCAUGGAUUUCACCAGAUGCUCUGCAGAACUCUCCAAUGACAUGUAAUGCAUGAUUCCAGCCUGAGCGCUGCGCCCCCUACAGGCAGAGACACCUACAGACACCAAACUGAUGACGUGGUUCGGUCCGUUGACCAGAGCAGCGGUAUGGCCGACCAGAGCAGGCAAAUAAAACUCGCUGCAGCUAAGAAAAAGCUGAAGGAGUUUCAGCAGAAGGGCUCCCCUGCUAGCGUGGGAGGAGAAAAGGGUGGUGGAGGAGGAGGAGGAGGAGGUGGUGGAGCAGGGGCCAAGAAGAAGAGGAAGGUGAAGGGACCAAACCAACACGAUGCACCUUCAACAGACAGAAACUCGCCGGACAAUUUUGACAGUAUUCUGAAAGCACUUAGUCAAAGCAAUGGAGUAGUCCUACCUCCUUAUGGCAACAGCCAGACCUUUGCUGACGUCGAGGCCAUGGGGUCUUCAGUUCCCCAGCUGCUGGAAGAGCAAAAGAGCCAGCCUGGUCACGGCUCACCUGUGUCUAACCCUGCUAGCGCUAACACUGCUACUAAUCCUGAGUGUGUCAGUCACAACAAUGACCUGCAGGACUAUCCUGAUACCAACGGCAAUGAGAGUUUAACAGAUGAUAAUAGACCACUGUCUUCCACAGAGAGCCUUCGACAGCUCUCACAGCAACUGAACGGCCUGGUCUCUGAGUCAUCUGCUACGUACGUGAAUGGGGACGGUGCACCUUCUGGCACUGAGAGAGAACUGGAGAGUCGGAACCAGGAGCUGGCAGCCGCCCUGGAGUCCAGCAACCUAACAAACUCUCAGCUCAAUACCAAGCUAGACCAGCUGGUGCAGCAAUCUCAGGGGCUCUCAGAUCAGCUACAAAAGGAACGAAAAGAAUUUGAACAGAGAUUUUCGAAAGAGCACGGAGCCAUGCGGGAGCAAUUACAGGUUCACAUCCAGACGAUUGGUAUAUUGGUAUCAGAGAAAUCAGAGCUACAAACAGCACUACAAUACACACAACAGGCUGCGCGGCAGAAAACAGCUGAGGCAGACGAGUUGAAUAACCGUCUGCAGGCAACAAAGCAGAGAGUGUCAGAGCUGGAGAGAACUCUCUCAUCUUUCUCAGCACAGCAGAAACAGUUUGAAAAGUACAACAAAGACUUUGAAAAGGAGAGAGACAACCUGAGGCUUGAGGUGUUAAGAUUAAACAAUUUGAGUGAGGAGUUGAAGCAACAGAAUUCAGAGCUUUCAGAGCAGUUAAAGGGGCGUGCACAGGAGAAUGGAGCAAUGAAGCUGGAGUUGGAAGUUCUUCACAAGAGGCUUGAGAUGACUGACCUCGUAUUGCAACAGUGUUCCAGUCAGUCAGAUCCCACCAGUGACCGCCAGCAGGUCCAGUUACUGCUAGAAGAGAAGCAGCAGCUGGAAGCACACAAUCACCAGCUGAUGGAGUCGAUUGCCCAGCUGCAGAGAGAGAGGGACUGCUAUGCAGAGCAGAUCCAGGAGGAGGGUCGUGUAUGGAAGGACAAAACAGAACAGCUGCUAACACAGGUGUCUUUGGUUGCAGAGGAGAGAGACAGAAACAUCAGCCGAGUCCAAGAACUGGAGGCCAGCAUCACAGAGCUACAAAAUGCUGCAGCGUUGUUGUCCCAGGAGAGAGAGGCUCAGGAUGUUGCAGAGCCUCAUCCCACGGGGCCCUCAGAGAGAGAGGUGGCUCUGCAGGAGGCCCUCAACACUCUUCAACAGGAGAAAGACGCUCUUACUGCACAGUUCCAGGGACAGCUGCGAGAUAACGAGCAGCUGAGCCGCAUGUGUACAGAGCAGGAGAAGCGUCUGGGCGAGCUGGAGAGGCAGGUGGAGAGCAAAGUCCAGGAGGAAGAGGACCGCCGGCGCAUGUUGGAGGAUGUUCAGUCAGACAAGGCCACUAUUAGCCGUGCUCUCACCCAGAACCGUACACUGAAGGACCAGCUGGCUGAGCUACAGAAUGGUUUUGUCAAACUGACUAAUGAGAACAUGGAGCUCACCACUGCCAUCCAGUCAGAGCAGCAUGUGAAAAAGGAGCUGGCUCGCAGAAUGGGUGAACUGCAAGAGGAAUUACAUAACGUCAAGGAGCAGCUGGAACUGAAAAGUACGGAGACUCAGGGUCUGAUGGAGCAGAGGGACCAGGUAGUGGCCCACCUGCAGCAAUACUGUGCUGGCUACCAGACCCUGGCCUCAGAGAGGGAACAGCUCCACCACCAGUAUCUGCAGCAGCUCCAGCUCAUGGACCGGCUGCAGCACGAUGAAAGCCAGGGCCGCGUGCAACUGGAGAUGAGUCACAAUCAGCUCAAACAAGCGCAGGAGAAUUUGGAGCUGUUGGUCAGAGACAACGAGCAGCUGAAGGCUGAGGUGAAGGAGCUGCUCAACAGCUCAGCUUUUGCCCCGUCAUCCAGAGACCAAGGUGAUGGAGUGGAAAGCCAGUCGCUGCAAGAGAGCCCAAAUAAGUCUUCCACCAUAGUUAUCCCCGAAGACUUUGAGAGCCAGAAGGAGAUUGAGGAGUUUAUCCGAGGAGCUUUGGCUCAGUUGGAGGCAGAGAGAGACGAGGCCAGAAGGCUACUGGAGAAGGAGCACAGGCUCCACAUGGCAGCCAGGCACAAGGCUGAUGUGGCCACCAGCAUUGAGCACCAACACCACAGCCACAAACCUGUUCAUGACCAUCAUCACGACCAUCAUGAGCAUCACGAGCAUGAUCACACUCAGGGCCAACAUAGUCACUGUGAACACAGUCACGAGCAUUCAGAAGGAGGUGUACCGUUGGAGGUUCAUCAGGCCCUGCAAGUUGCCAUGGAGAAGCUUCAGCAGCGUUUCACCUCCCUCAUGCAAGAGAAAGCUGACCUGAAGGAGAGGGUGGAGGAGUUGGAGCACCGCUGCAUCCAGCUGUCUGGAGAGACCGACACUAUAGGGGAGUACAUAGCCCUGUACCAGAGUCAGCGGGCCAUCAUGAAACAGAAACACCAGGAGAAGGAGCAAUACAUCAGCAUGCUGGCCCAGGACAAGGAGGAGAUGAAGGCGAAGCUUGCAGAGCUGCAGGAUCUGGUGAUGAGGCUGGUGGCUGAGAGGAAUGACUGGUACAGCCGCUACACCAAAGCUGUAGCCGGCGCAAGCACAGUGAACCCCGACCUGCUUCCUGUUGGGGAGGAUCACAUUCACCCAGAGCACCAAGCACACGCACACACAGAGCAUAAUGCUGUCAGUGGAGCAGAAGCCAUGGAGGUCGUCCCUCUGUCAGAAGCCACCACAGGCCUGGAAGCCCCCUCGUCCCAGACACUUACAAGCGGGUCAGCCCAGACUGACGCAAUGUCCCUGGGGCCCAAAGAGGACGGCACCGCCCAGCAGAUCAUGCAGCUGCUCCAUGAGAUCCAGAACCCCCAGGGAGCACUGAGAUCACCACACUUCCUCGGAGAGAACCCCUGCAUCCCCUUCUUCUACCGGCCUGACGAGCAGGACGAAGUCAAGAUCCUGGUGGUGUGAGGUGUAGGUGUGACAGAAGCUGGCGUGUGUGUGUGUGUGUGAGAGAGAGAUAUUGGAUAUGUCUUGAAAUCUGGGGAAUAUUAAAUACCACAGUUUACCAUGUCUGUAGCUUGUUUAUCAUAUUCACAAACACUUCUCAAGUAAUGUGAUACCCUGCAAAACUGGUCACAGAUGUGUGAAUGUCUUUGACUCAUUUACAUUAAAAUGCCCCCUCCCUGUUCUGUGCAUCGGCACUAAAAUGUGCAAGGUUAAAAAGAGAGUAUUUUCUAUUUGUUGUUUUUCUUGUCUAUAAUGCUAUUCCCAGAGAACAGAUAAUCAGUAUUUCUUAACACAAUCUGAUUAGUCUCCUUCCCACAGUUUUUAAAUCCCAUCCUUCCUCUUGCCACCCGUCUUACACAAGUGCAAUAAAGGGGUCGUAUAUUCUCUCCCCUCGCUGAUACAGUACUUAAAGAGCUGUCACAAAUGAGCAGCCUGUUUGCGUGCAACUUUAUUUUACAGCAAAAUUCACUGUACAAAUGCCAAAAAAAAGACCUUCACGUUGGAAUGUAAUAACCCGAAUAUUUACCUGUGUGUUUGUGUAAGUAGGGGAACUGAUAAUGGUGAAUGGAAGAGAUGCAGAAUGAGAUUUAAGCUGAAGUCAAUAAAGAAAGUUAGUGCACAUAAUAGCUUUUGAAGUGUAAGCGCUGUUCUGUUUCAAAGUCAAGAGCUCAGCUAGUUACAUGAUUGGGUGCAGAAAGUUGCAGGCAGGUGUCACAGAUUAGUACUGUUCCUAAAACUACCUUUUCUCUACAUUGUCUUUUGCCUCCAAACACUGAAAAAAAGUUGUAUGUUUGUACAGUGCACAAGGUUAAUAUAUCUGAAACCUUUAUUUUGUUAUGUUGUCAAACAUCCUGUUAGACUGAGAGAUAUCACCAGUUACAAAAAUGUGGUUUCUAAGUCAUCGAGGAGAUAGAUGCAAUUUAAAGUCCCCAUGAAGAAAAAGCAAAUUUUAGUCAGUUAUUAAGGCAAUAUUUUCUCAGUUUCUGAAACAGUGGAGAAAUCUUCCAGAGUUUCAUUCAGAUGAGUUUUGGAGCUCGGGGCCUGUGCUGGGCCACAUUGUUGUUUUCUGUAUAGCUUGAUAGGUAGCCUAUUAAGGUACAGUGACUGGAGGAAGUUACAGAAAGUAUGGUGUUAAAAUCUCUAUUUCUGCAAUCUUGACUCAUCUAUCUUCUACAAAUAUUCUCUAAUCAGGUGCUCUGGGGCAUUUGACUGGCCUCAUCACAAACGCAGACCACACUCAUCACUCAAGUCUUGAAAAUGGAUUUCCCCCUCAUUAGAGCUGCUCAUCCAUAACUGAGCUGCUCUAUUUCAUGGGGUCUUUUCUAGACUAAUUGACACUAUGAAUCAGAGCCCGUACCUUUCUGUUACGUUUGCUUUUCCUACAUAUCAACAAUGAAUUAAUGCACAUCCUUUACAACUGGACUGAGUGUAUGUGACAUGUGUGUGUAAUCCAAAGCUGAAGUUUUGUCCAUCUGUUGUACUUUUUUGUAGAGUUAUAUCAGAUUAUAUAAGUAUGAUUGCACUAAAACUGUACAAAGCUCCUUGUUAGGCUCUGUCCUCUCCGGCUGGUUGGACAGUGUGACGUUUGUACUGUAGAGCCUCUUUAUAAUUUCUGUGGAGGAAAAAGGGGAAUCCUAUGAAGCCACACUGUUAAGCUGAGGAUUCCAAUAGAAGCAGAUUAAUUUAAUUGAAAGUGUGUAAGGGGGGUGUGUGUGUGUGUGUGUGUGUGUGUGUGUGUGUGUGCGUGCGCGUGCGCGCGCGUGCAGUGUUGCACUCAUGAUAAAGGAGGAAGGUGUGUAAAUAUGAGUAGAAGGUGAAAUUAAUGAGAUCGCUUACUUCAAGAAGUUGUAGUGAUGUUAAUCCCGAAAGUGUGGGACCAAUCAGAAUUUGAGAAAAUUCGCAACUCUUCUCAAAACUGGAGAACAAAACAAGGCAAAUCUGUUGUGUUCAUAUUGUGUAACUCUUGUAUCGGCUAAAAACACAAGUAAAUCUCCUUGGGGCAUUAAACACAAGACAAUAGGAUUCAUAGUUUUUUAUUAAAGACAUCACAGGUGUCUAGCUUUAACAGAGAGACGCUCAUAUUCACGAAUGUGGCUUGGAGGAUGGAUUGAUUGACAUGUUGAGCUCUUCCCCUUUACAACAAACUAACAACCAAGAGCGGCACUAUCACAGCUCAUAUUCCCCCCCCAUUUCAGAUUAUAUCAUGGCACAGGCCUCUGUUUUGUGAGAGUCGUUCCAUGAUUUUAAUAUGCAAGGACAUGAGGGUCUCACUGCAAGUCAUACAUCAGACGUCUUUUGGAGGUAAUUUUUCCCUCUUAUUCGGAUGUCUUAGUAUUUUAACAACCCCUCUGAAGGUAAAGGACACAUUUGGAGACAAUUAUUAAAUUGUACUCUUCAUAUUUAUCACUAAAAGCAACAGGACAGAAAACAUUGGUGCAAAUUCUGGUAUUUUAAGCAACAUGUAAUUAAAAUAUAAGGUAUAUAGAGGCCAUGUGUACUUGGUGUUAACAGCACUGCAUCUACCCUAAAUCACAGCACUUUGUUAGUAAGUGCUGGGGUUGUUGUCAUUCUUGAUGGUAAAGUCCCUUGCUUUGCUCGUAGCAGUCUGUCACUUUUGUUUUUCUUUGAAACGUGUCACAAAGUAUGAUUUUGUUUUUGUUUUCCUUCAUUUUGUUUUUGGGAGUGGUCAAGAGGUGAAUAUACAGUAAAAUCAUUUAAUGUUGUUUCGGGGCUUGCGAAUUAACAGAACAAUGUGGAUAAAAUGCCUUCCCACACUUUCUAAUUCACUGUUAAAUAUGUUAUGUGAUUGAAAUAGCAAUGAGAAAGCAUUUAUUGUCUUUACUGUAAAAGAGGUGAUGUAUAUACUGUAACUGUGUAACAUAUUGUAUAUUCAUUAUGCCUGGUGUGUGGGGAGUUAAAGCUGCUCUGCCAUGUUUACUGGCAGCGUGGGCUGUGUGUAUGUCUGAUAGUACAGAGUAGGGUUGUUGGCGGUUACUGACUGGCUGUGAUUUAAUACAAAGAUUGACUAAAAAAGGAGAAAAUAUUCUAUUUAUUUGGAAUAAGUUAGUAUCUCAACUAAUCAGUUUCAGUGUAAAAUAGAAGUGACUGUUGGAAAUGAAGGAUAAUUCAACUGAUUCAUUCGAGGGCUGCUUCUGACAGAAGCUUUCAGAUUUUUUUUCUUCCUUGAGUAAUAUUUUCUCCCCUUCUGAAUAAAACUGAUUGAGCAACUUAAA